AUGACGAAAGGAUAUCUUAUGAAUAGUCUCAUCGAAAAGAUGCAGUCCCCGGACCAGGACUUUCGGUUCAUGGGACUGAACGAUCUUAUGACAGAGAUCAAGCAGGAUCCUGCGUCUUUUCAGGGAGACGAAGCCGUUGAGAACAAAGUGUUGAAUCAGGUGCUUUCCCUUGUUGAAGAUAAGAUUUCAGAAGUCAAAAACCAAGCAGUGAAAUGCUUGGGGCAGCUGAUCAAGAUUCUGCGUCAAAACCAAAUGGAAUUGGUGGUGGACAAGCUCAUUGACUUCUCUGGUGGAAAGGACGAGGAAUUGCGUGACAUCUCGGGACUUGCCCUGAAGACCAUCACCGCUGAACUUCCUCCCGAUGGGCGUAUCGCCGCAACCGCUUGCGCCAAACUGACGCCCAAGUUGCUUGGUCAGGUCGAGAAUACUGAAACGCCUCCGGAAACGCUCGUCGAGACCUUGUCCAUCCUUUCGAUCCUUAUUAGUCGAUUCCCGAAUCACCUGUCGAACGCAACGCUCUCUCCUCAGCCACUGAAGGUCCUUCCUCCGCUACUCUCACAUUCAAGACCCGUCGUUCGCAAGCGCGCUAUCACAACCGUCUCCCAAUUCAUCCCCAUCUCCCAAAGGAUCUUGUUCGACGACCUGCUCAAGAACAUCAUUCUUCCCAACUUGGCUGAAGGUGCAAGUGUCGAGAGACAACGAACAAUCGUUCAACUUGUCGCUGCAAUUGUCCGACACUCUCCCGGUCAUGUCGCUCCAGUGCUUGGGGACAUCGUCCCUUGCAUUCUGAAGGCAAUCCAGAAAGAUGAUGAAGAGUUGCGCGAAAGUUGUUUGCAGGCUCUCGAAGCGUUCGUCCUGAGAUGCUCGGCUGAGGUCACGCCCUAUCAGUCUGCAAUCAUCCAAGCCGGAAACCAAUUCAUCAAAUACGAUCCCAAUUAUGCCGGAGACGACGAAGACGAAGAAAUGGCCGAUGCUGAUGAUGACGAGGACGAUGAUGAAUUGGACGACGAAUACUCCGACGACGAGGACACCUCUUACAAGAUUCGUCGUUCCGCUACCAAGCUCCUGGGCGCUGUUAUCGGCACGCGGCCAGAAUUGUUGGCCUCCAUUUACAAGGACAUUUCUCCUGUGUUGAUUUCUCGCUUUGGGGACCGUGAAGAAAAUGUCCGACUCGAGAUCUGGUCAACCUACGCAAACCUGCUCAAGCAAACCUCUGUCUACGGCGGUGUGCCCCAGAACAAAGACGAUACCAGCCCUCGCGGAAAGAGGAAACGCGAUACCGAGGAAGUCAUGGACAUCGAGGAGACCGCCUAUACACUGCUCAAAUCUCAGGUCCCAACCCUGUCCAAGGCACUUCUUAACCAGAUUAAGUCGCCUAGGACGAGCCCUGUUGUCCUUCAAGCAGGAUUCUCUCUUCUCAACGCCCUCCUCGCUGUCCUUCCAGGCUCUCUGGCACCACAGAUCCCCCAGAUUAUUACUGUGGCCAAGAACGUGUUAUCGCAGUCCCCAUCAACAUCCACAGCGUCUCUCCACUUGACGACUCUGUCCUUCCUCUCCCUCCUGUUCUCCAGUCACUCUCCCGCGUCGUUCUCGUCAUCUUUGCCGACCGUCACUCCAGUACUUCUCCAGUCCGUGGGCGAGAGGCAUCCGCGUAUUGCAUCGGAAUCGUUCCGUGUCUUCACUUCCUUAUUGGCAUCCCUCGCGCCUAUCAAAGGAGAGGCGCCCUGGGUCGACCAAGUCUACCAGCAAGCCUUCUCCCGCCUUAGUAGCCACGACACGGAUGCCGAGGUCAGAACAACUGCGGAGGAGUGCAUCGGAGAGCUGUGGAUUGCUGCCCCUGAGAUCAUGAGGACUAAGGACCGCAGAGAAUGGGAGUUCAUUUGCAGGAGCUCGGGUAAAACUGAUGGGGCAGUCAAGGUUGUGACCAAAGUGGCGAGGGAGGCUCCUGUUGGCGAUGACUGGGUCAAUGGAUGUGUACAGUGGGUUAUGGGUUUGUUGCAGAAGAGCGGAAGACUCGGUAAAGUUGAAGCAUUCGGUGCUUUGGAGGUACUUUUGAAGAGCUACACCUCUGGCAUCCCGGCCGACCUUCCACCAGCGCUUGUUCCACAACUGAGGCACUAUCUCUCGACCUCCGAUAUCGCCCUUCUUGCUCAAGCUCUUACCAUUCUUGCUUUGCUCUUGGAGUUGUCACCCGCAGUCACCUAUCCUCACGUCGAGUCCACGUCUCUCAAUGAUAUCUACAAAGUGUCGGCGUCUCCUCUGGUCUCCGGCCCCGCUCUUGAAGCUCUGUUCAAGUUCUACGCUAACCUCGUCCAAGCUGACAAUCAAAUCUCCACUCACUUGGUCCCUAACUUGGUGAUUGCUGUCCAGAAGGCGCCCAAGGCUGAAGCCAGCCCCGCGAACGUGGCGAAGUGUAUUGCUCAAGUGGUCAGGAAUGCACAGGGCGUCGCUGCUGGCACGAUUGCGGAAUAUUCGAAGAACAUCAGACCCAACUCCAAGGCCCAGCCUUCCUUGGUCAUUCUCAGCUUGCUCAUCGUUGGAGAGCUUGGCCGCUUCAUUGACAUGUCCAACCAAGCCGAAGUCUUUAACAACUCGAUUGAGCUCUUCGCCUCUGACCAAGAAGAGAUUCGCUCUGCUGCCGCCUUUGCUGCAGGUAACAUUGCUAUCGGCAACUUGCAUCAGUUCCUGCCUGUCAUCGUCAAGAUGGUGGAGACGGAUCCAAAGAAGAGGUUGCUUGCCCUCCAUGCUGCAAAGGAGGUCGUAACCCACUGUUCAACUGGUCAAUUGGAAGGUGUUGCGGACUUUUUGUGGAAGCCUUUGUUUGAGAACUCUCAGAACGCGGAGGAGGCGACCAGAAAUGUCGCGGCUGCCUGCCUCGGCAAACUUGCCACCACUCAUCCAUCCAAGUACCUUCCUCAACUCCACGCCAGGGUCAAGGAUGACAGUCCAGCUACUCGUGCGACCGUUGUUUCGGCUAUCCGAUACACCUUUGCAGAUGUUUCCCAGUCUUACGACGAGUUGUUGGCUCCUUUGCUUGUCGAUUUCUUGUCUUUGAUGGUCGAUUCUGAUUUGACCGUUCGCCGACUUGCUUUGUCUUCACUGAACUCUGCUGCUCGCACUAAGCCCCACCUCGUCAGAGACCAUCUUAAGACACUCCUUCCAGACUUGUACAAAGAGACCCACAUAAACCCUGACCUUGUCCGAACUGUGCAGAUGGGUCCCUGGACACACAAGGUCGACGAUGGUCUCGAGACUAGGAAGACUGCAUACGAGACCAUGUACACCUUGCUCGACACCUGCUUGACCAAACUCGAUCUUCACGUCUUCCUCAGCCGGGUGAUCCCAGGUCUUUCCGACGACUCCGACGAAAUCAAGGUCAUCUCCCACAUGAUGCUGUUCCGUCUUUCCCAAGUCGCCCCAGCUGCAGUCGCACAACGUCUCGAAGAAGCCACUCCGCAACUCGAGAACACCAUGAAGGGAGCGACUGUCACUAAGGACACCGUCAAACAAGAUUUGGAACGUGCUGCUGAACUGCAAAGGAGUGCCCUCCGAGCCAUCGCUGCUCUGAGCAAGAUCGGGGCCGGCGUUAGUACCAAAUUCGAUGCCUUUGUCGAGGACCUCAAGAAGAAUACGAAGUGGAACACUGAAUUCAAGGAGUUGAUCGGGUAA